AUGCACUCAGCGCUCCGAAACCACAGUCCAGCCUCCUCUUCCUCCGGCUCCUUUCCACCGCCCCCCACCGCCUCGCAGCUGCAGCCGUUCUUUCUUCGCGGGGGCUCCUACCGCAGCUGCCGGAGGGGUUCUAAGGAUAGCAGCACCAGCACCAGUACCAGCACCAGCAGGGGAGGAGGAAGGAGACGAGGCAGGAGAGGCGGCAGCUUCGGCGGCUCCCCAAGCAGCAGCACAGGAGUGGAGCGGGAAGACGAAGACGAAGACGAAGAGAGCAUCAGUAUUAGCAAACCCCUGGUGCCCGCCACAGAUUCUGGCCCCCUGGAGCCCUCUGCUCAGGGAGGCGCUCAUCUGAUCGGUCACACCGCGUCUUCCUCCUGCUCUUCCUCAAAGUCCACAUCCACCUCCUCUUGUAGUAUGACCGCAGUGGAUUUUGCUGGUGGAGGUGGAACGGGACCCAUUGGAGGGCCAGGGGGCCGUUCUUCCGGGGGGCCCAGUGGGCCCAGCGGUGGCAGCGGCACCUCUUGCUGCUCCUGCUGCUGCUGCUGUUGCGGCCACUCAUCCAGGGGCGCCUCCAGAGGUCGGCGAGGCUGUUGUGCUCCUACUUCUGAGUGCAAGUGGGGUUACCAGGCGCUGUCCGUGGUGCUGUUGCUGGCUCAAGGUGGGCUGCUAGACUUGUAUCUCAUCACUGUUACCGAUCUGUACUGGUGCUCGUGGAUUGCCACAGACCUGGUGGUCGUGGUUGGCUGGGCCAUUUUUUUCGCUAAGAACAGCCGUGGCCGUAGAGGAGGAAGUGCCGCCGGCUCGCACAACCACUACCAGCACCACCACCACUCAGCACCCCCACCUCUCCAUCUGCCUGCUCCUUCGGGCGCAGCUGUGGGAGCCGGUGCCGGAGGCAAAGUCCGGGGCCGCGGUGCUGGGGGCGGCCUGGGAGAUGGUUUGGACUCUGUCGGGUCCGGGGGAGAAUUCGCUUUUGCCUACUUGGCCUGGCUGAUCUAUUCCAUUGCCUUCACGCCCAAGGUGAUUUUGAUACUUGGCACGUCCAUCCUGGACCUCAUCGAACUACGAGCUCCAUUCGGUACCACAGGCUUUCGUAUCACUAUGGCGCUGUCUGCGCCCCUGCUCUACAGUUUGGUACGGGCCAUUAGUGAGGCAGGAGCCCCUCUCGGAUCGGCAGGACCCCUGCUCCUGCAACCUCAGCACCACCGAGCCGCUGGCUGCUUCCUGGGCACUUGUCUAGACUUACUGGACAGUUUCACCCUGGUGGAAUUGAUGCUAGAAGGCCGGGUACCUCUGCCUUCCCACCUUCGCUACCUGCUUAUCUCUGUCUAUUUCCUGACCCUCACUUCUCCAGUGCUCUGGCUUUAUGAGCUCAACACCGCCACCCCCACAAGUGCCCCUUCCUGGGGGUCUGGGGCUGGGGGCUGUAGCAGGCUCCUGAGAUUGCUGGCUGGCUGCUUGGUGGACGUGCCUUUGCUGGCCUUGCGCUGCCUUCUGGUGGUGAGCUACCAGCAGCCACUCUCAGUCUUCAUGCUCAAGAACCUCUUUUUCCUCGGUUGCCGGGGAUUGGAAGCCUUGGAGGGCUGCUGGGGCCAAGGGAAUCUGGGUUCCCCUAACAGGAUCCGAGGAGGUUAUGGAGCCCCUCCCCCAGCGCCGCCCCCGUCGCCACCGCCGCCCACCCCUCAGGGAGGUUCUCAGUUGGGCCACUGCAUCCCAGAAAAUGACACGGGACCCCAUGGCUACGUCAAUACCCUGGUUGUCUCCUCCCAGAACUAAGGAAGGAGAAUAAUGUUCUCUUAUAUCUCUCUCAUACCUUGACUUCUCAUACUUCCCACCCAUAUUCCCAUUUGUUCUUUCUACUUUUCCUUCA